UGAAUGAGUAGCUAGCGUGAGCUUUGCUUAUAGGGGAGUCACUAGACUGUACUUGUCUUUGGGCCGUGUGUGUGCGUGUCUUAAUAAGGCUGUGUAUGUGUACAGAGCCAUGUAAUAGGGGCGUGUCAUCAUGGCUGGAUAGGACAUGGCGGGAGAUCCGCUGACAGAGCGGCUCAAGGAUCAAGUAUCAGCAUCCAUCCAGGACGCGUUGCUCAAAGCCACCAGUGUACUGAGCAACCUUCAUCGUGUGCAAUCAUAUCUGGAUGUACUGGCCAACCUCCCAGUAUCCAGGGCAGGGGAUAUUAUCAAGAGUGCUGUGGAGCAGGUUAGGGGGAUGAAGGAUGACACCACCUCGCUACUGCAGACUGUGUACCUCACUGAGAUCGGACUGGGUAGUCUACAGGAGCUGGACAGAGGUGGCGGUGUGGUGGUGUUGAGUGAUGUACUCACCUCUGAGGGUCCACCAUUAGACCACGUCUCCACUCUACUAGACUCUGUGUCUGAGAACAAUGAAGACCCUCUUCCACCAACAAAGAAGCUGAAGUUGGGUGUGUCUAUUCAUUCUUGUGCUGGCUGUAGUCGCAAGUUUGCCCGUCAAUCCUCCACUGACACGUCCUCCCUGUGUCGUGUGUGCCGGGAUGAACCGCCUACACAGGCCAGUCCUAGUAUGCAGCUAGAAGGGACUCCUCUCUCUAAGAGUACUCCUCGUGGGAAGAAGCGCAAGACAGUCCCUCAGAAGUGCUCCCUGUGUGGGGUGGGGUUUGUGUAUAGACGCUGUUUAUUAAGACACAUUAAAGAGAACCACCCUAAUGUUAAUGCUAACAACCUGGAGCAGUACAUCCAGCAACCCUCUGUAGAGCAAGGGGCCCCCCUGAGUGCUGGCGGGGGUACAGAAGUUCACCUCAUGGCCUCUCAUGACUCCAUUGUUGAACAUGUUCUGGGUGAGUUCACUUCUUCUAGUCUGCAUGUGACUAUCGACUCUGAGGGCUCUCUAUCACAUGAUCUGAAUGCUGGAUCACAUGACCUGACAGCUGAAUCACAUGACCUAACAACUGAAUCACAUGACUUGACUGCUGGAUCACAUGACACAAGCAACGGAGGGACAGAAGAAGAAACUCAAGAAGCUUUGGACGGCAAGUGUACAGUGCUGACAGUGAAUGGUGAGAAGGUGUACAAGUGUCGACAGUGCAGCAAGACCUUCAGUAGGCCCUACCGUAUCCAACGCCAUCUCCAAGUCCAUAACCCAGCCCGCCAUAAAGUCCAGUGUCACAUCUGUGGCAAAUACUUCACUAGAGUGGACACACUGCAGACACACAUACGCUGUGUUCACACCGAUGAGCGACCGUUUGCAUGUACCUUUGAGGGCUGUGAUAAAAGCUUCCCUGUGCAGUCUGGCCUAGUCCAUCAUCUCAAGAGUCAUAUGGAUGGCAAGCCAUACAAAUGCCCUGAGUGCUCAGAGGCGUUUGCACUCAUGACAGAGUUCAAAGGUCAUAUGACGAGUCAACAUGCGGACACCAAGGACCUUCGUUGCUCAGACUGCUACAAGUUAUUCUCCACAUCCUCCGAGCUGGAGCAGCAUCGCUCACUAGAGCACAGGCUAGAGUGUGAGAUCUGCAACAAGACGUUUGCUAGACUGGGAUUCCUCCAAGCCCACGUGGAGAUACACAGUGGACCCAGUCUCUACAACUGCCGAUUCUGUAAUUCUGGUUUCGACAACGAAUAUUCAUACAAGCAGCACGUGAAGACACACCCAAAGUACAACCGAGUGCGUAAAGUCCACCCCUGCCCCGUGUGUGGAGAUAGCUUCAUGGAUGCCAACGAUCUUAUGGAACAUUAUCAAUCUGAGAAUCAUCGUGAGAAGGUUAAGAGUCUUGGAGUGAGCGGGAAUAUGCUGGCAGCUAUGGGGAAUUUUGGAGGAGCUGGGGGGAGCGAAGUGGUCUCAAGUGGAGAGGCUGAUUUUGGAGGGGGAGAGGUGGUCGAGACUGCUGCUGGACUGUCGGAUGAAGCUCUCAUUCGAAGCAUCUCUGAGAGUGAUGCGUUCCAGGUGGCACUAGCUGGGGGUGGUGUCAAUUGAACUCUCAUGAACUAUGAACUGAACUGAACUGAACUAUGAACUCUACUGUAUAUAUAGCUGCAGCUUGCUUUAUUUUAGUUAUACAUAAUUAUUAUAGAGGUGUGCAUGUACUUUUUGUGUCUAUCCAUCAUUAUUAGUUUAUAUAGCCCAAUAAACUCUUGGUUUAGCCUG